AUGGCUGGAUUUCAAUCAAGCAAAACAGUCGAAGAAAUAGAGAUAAAAUCUCGAAUAAUAAAUUAUGAAAUUAGUAAGGCUAACAGUAUAAAGAAGAAUUGCAAGAAUAUAUUUCUUUAUAUAAAAAGAGCUGAAUAAUUCUUAUUGGUCAAUGUAUAAACAGAAGAACAUGAUCAUUGA